UACUAAGGUAGCACUAGCCUUUUUAGACUCCAAUAUCUCUCACCUAAAAGCUUAGCCUUGGAGAUAUUGGUUGGAAAUAUUUGUCGUCUCUCACUUGUUUAGUUUACCUUUCUUAUAAUAAAUUGGUAGGUACUUGGUAAUAUUUCGUGUUCAGUAGGCCAUCAAAAUCAUCUAAUCGGAUUCGAAUUUGGAUUUAACUGAUCCGUUCCAGUCAGGAUUUCAGAUCCAAAUUUUAUGCUCAGUCCUAUUAACAUUCGGUAACAUUCCGAGUUGUGACAUAUAGAAAAACUUAAAAUGUUUGGUUUGGUUAUCUAUGUCAUCAAAGUUGACUUAUAUUUUUCGUCAUAUAUCCGUUUAAAACUUCAAAGUUAAGUAUGCUUGAACUGGAGUACUAGAAAGAUAGGUAAACUAUCCGGAAGUGAUUCGCAAUACCGUGCGAGUGGGACCAAAACACGGAGUGAUUACAAGAUCAGUAAACAAUGAUUUCAUUGAAAAAUUAACGGAUUGACCGUUAGAACGGAAUGAAGCCCACGGACCGAGUGAGUGGCGUGGGUGACCAUUAGCCGUGGCGGACGGUUCAUUACUAUUAGUGAUGGGCCUAACUCACACCCAAAAGCUAACUCAAGAGUGGAGGAUUGCCCACACACUUAUAUAAUGCCCAAGGACCCAACACCCACACGAUGUGGGAUGUUAAUAGCCCCUCUCGAGAUGUGGAUGGGAAACGGUCCAAUCGGAAACAGCCUAAGUCCAACAUCUCGGAAAUACCACAGCAAGAUGGACCAUUUUUAUAGGCUACAUAGGUAGACAACUAUUUAUAUGGGAAAUCAUCUGCUGGGCUUAACCAUUGGCUCUGAUACCAUAUUAGUGAUGGGCCUAACUCACACCCAAAAACUAGCUCAAGAGUGGAGGAUUGCCCACACACUUAUAUAAUGCCCAAGGACCCAACACCCACACGAUGUGGGAUGUUAAUAGUUACAUAUUUGUGUAUUCGUUUUUUCUGUCCUUUGCAAACUUCUUCCCAUUUGGAGACACGUCUCUGAAGAUUUGGAUUUUGCUGAAAUUAUAUGUUUGUAACUCUUGAGGUUUCAUUACGGAUUAAUCCUGUUUUGUAUUAUAUAAUAACAAAUCUAAAAAUUUCAGUGAACCUAAAAGGUACGGCAAAAAACUAAGAACUUAAUAAAACGUUGAAGAAAUCUUGUGGAAAAGAUUGAAUGAGCUCACGGGUUUUGUGGAAUUUUUUUUAGCAAGUGGCACAGUUGAUUGACGAAGAUUUAAGUGUACCAAAACCGACGCAUUGACGCAAGUCUUGCUAAGUCACAGCCCCAAUAAGGGAGUUUUUCUCCUUCUUCCUAUAAAGAACCAGUGAACGAAACAUACAACAAUAACCCAUUACUUACGACACAAACUUAAAAAGAGAUAUGAUGACUCGUAGCCAUUGCUAUUGCUUUUAUGGUAUUUUUACCAUCUAUUUCUCACUCUUAAUCCACACUCUUGCUUCUGCUCCGCUCAAUCUUUGCCAGCACGACCAGAGGGAUGCUCUUUUGGAAUUCAGGGAUGAGUUUGUGAUUGAUGAGUUUGACCCAAGUCGGUGGAAUAAAAGCAGCGAUUGCUGUUUGUGGAAACAUGUCAAGUGCGAUGAUAAAUAUGGUCAGGUGAUAUCACUCGACCUUCAUGACACUUUUCUUAACAGCUCGUUGAAAAUUAACAGUAGUCUUUUUAGACUCCAAUAUCUUCGUCACCUAAACCUUAGCAGUUGCAACCUCCAAGGAAAAAUUCCUUCUUCACUAGGAAACCUUUCUCAUCUUACUGUUGUCGACCUUUCUUUUAAUGAACUGGUAGGUGAAAUCUCAGCUUCAAUAGAAAAUCUUGACCAUCUAAGAUACUUUAGCGUUGAAUAUAACCAUCUCACAGAAAUGAUUCCUUCUUCACUAGGAAACCUUUCCAGUCUCACAUUUCUUGAUCUUUCUUCUAAUGAAUUGGUUGGUGAGAUUCCAACUUCAAUAGGUUAUCUAAAAAAUCUAAGAGAGCUUCACCUUGGGGGUAACCAUCUCAUAGGAGAGAUUCCCUCUUCACUAGGAAACCUUUCUCGUCUCUUAGAACUUGAACUUGGGCAUAAUCAUUUGGUGGGUGAAGUUCCCCCGUCCAUAGGAAACCUGAACGAGCUAAGAGUCAUGCAGCUCUACCAAAACACCCUGAGUGGCAACAUUCCUAUUUUAUUAGCCAAUUUAACCAAGCUUUCUGAUAUUAGUCUCUACUAUAAUAACUUCUCAUCUACCCUUCCAUCUGACAUGAGUGGAUUUCACUACUUGGAGUAUUUCCUAGUUAGUGAAAACUCACUUCACGGACCUUUCCCUAAAUCCUUGUUCUCGAGUCCUUCGUUGCAAUUGGUUGAUUUGGAAGGAAACCACUUCACAGGACCUAUAGAGUUUGCAAAUACAUCUUCAUCUGAGCUUCAGUACCUAGGUCUUUCCCGUAAUGGAUUCGAUGGCCCGAUCCCAGAAUCUAUAUCUGUGUUUCUCAACCUUGUUGAGUUAGAUCUUACCUACAACAACUUCACUGGGUCACUCCCUAAAUCAAUAUCAAAGUUAACCAGCCUCACAGAUUUAAAACUUUCCAACAACAAGUUGAAAGGUGAAGUACCAAGUUUCGUCUGGAGAUUCUCGACAAUGAUUCUUUCUCACAACUUAUUCAGCAGUUUUGAAAACUCUUCUCGAGAGACACUGAUCCAAAUGUUGGAUCUGAGUUCAAAUUCAUUCGAAGGGCCAUUUCCCCAGUGGAUCUGCAAGUUUAAGAGGUUAAGCCUAUUAGAUUUGUCCAACAAUCUUUUCAACGGGUUGAUCCCUCCAUGUUUAAGGAAUUCUAUUGUUUCUCUUACGGAGCUGAAUCUGAGUAACAAUAGUUUCAGUGGAACUGUUCCACAUAUAUUUGGCGAUGCUACCAAGUUAGAGUCAUUGGAUGUUAGCCACAACCAGCUGCAUGGAAAGUUUCCAAAGUCCUUGAUUAAUUGCACAGCUCUGCAAUUUGUGAAUAUGGAAAGCAAUAAAAUCAAGGACAAGUUUCCAUCAUGGUUAGGGUCUCUACCAUUUUUACAUGUUCUCAUCCUCAAGUCAAACGAGUUCUAUGGGCCGCUGUAUCAUCGCCACAUGACCAUGGGGUUUCAGAGUUUAAGAGUUAUCGAUGUUUCACAUAACGACUUCACUGGAACUCUCGCACCUCACUAUUUUUCUACCUGGCGUGAAAUGUCCAUAUUCACCGAAGGAGCCUACAUGGCAAACUUACUGCGUUAUUAUUCAAGCGACCUGUUAAACUAUCGGUCAAUGGAAAUGGUGAAUAAAGGAGUAGAUACAAGGUUUCAGCGAAUCCGAAGAGACUUCAGAGCUAUUGAUUUUUCUGGAAACAGAAUAUAUGGCAAAAUCCCUGAAUCUUUGUGCUUAUUGAAGGAAUUGCGUCUUCUCAACUUGUCAGGUAACGCCUUCUCAAACAAUAUCCCGCGAUUUUUGGCAAAUUUGACAAAGUUAGAGGCACUAGACCUCUCGAGUAAUAAACUGUCAGGUGAAAUCCCACAAGAUCUUGGUGAACUCUCGUUUUUGUCAUACAUGAACUUCUCUCACAACCUUCUCCAAGGUCCAUUGCCUCGUGGCACUCAGUUUCAAAGGCAGGAAUGUUCUUCAUUCUUGGGAAACCCUGGACUCUAUGGUCUCGAAGAUAUAUGUCAAGAAAGCCAUAGCUCGAAUCCUACAUCACGGCAACGCAAGGAAUCGUCAGAAUCAGAAGAACGGAUGUUCAGCUGGGUAGCAGCUGCAAUAGCCUAUGGACCUGGUGUGUUCUGUGGAUUGGUGGUCGGACAUAUCUUCUUCACUUCACACAGUCAAGAGUGGUUCAUUGCAAAGUUUGGUCUAAGAAAAUUCAGAGUCACUGUAGGUGGUGGCUAGGCUCAUCUCGUGCAGUCUCCGUAUUAAUACCGCAUAUGUGAAGCAUAUACUUUUGUUCGUGUUGUACUGAAUUUUCCAAGUGUCUUCUCCAAAAGACUCAUUUGUGUUUGUUUCUAAUUUUCUAUUGCAUGGUUUUCUUCUUCUUUUCA